AUGGCUUCUCCUCUUGCGACUUUGACGCUUCCUCACUUGCCAGGGCAUAAGUCCUCUGUCACUUACCCUACCCUGCACCAUGUCGCAAAGAUUGCUGCGAAUAAAAGCCGCGCUGCCAGAAAUGCUCUGUAUAGGCACGUCCAGUUCCUUAAUUCGAUUCCAGAAGAUGCAAAGACCUAUCACAAGGGGAACCGUGAAGCGCAGGGCCUCCCUCGGGCCUUUUCAAUACGUUUUACCGAUCCAACGGUCGGCCAAGAUAGUCCCGAGUUGAAGAAGCUCAACGGCCAAACUCUGAUUAUUGGUAAACAUGGCUCGAGCGAUGCCGGUAUGUGUUUUAAUGGACACAAGAUCAACCCUGAUGAAACGAACUUCUCAGUGGCCACCAAUAGCUACUCUUUCCAGGCACGUAUCCAAGCCGCAGCUGGAGAAGAGAAGACCGAUGUAGGUGCUUUUAUCAACCUCCUUGGUACACAGGCAAGUGGUGUCCUUGGCAUUGGCGACAGGUCAUUCAAUAUCCAACUUGAUCCAGUCAAGGUCUGGUUCGAUGUGAAUAUUUCUAUGGACGCUGGAGCAUACUUUAGUACCGGCAAUAGAGCUUUGAAAUGGGAUACCACCAGCUCCAACUGGAAGAGUGCAACCUGGGAAACAGCGGGGUUGACUUUUGGGUACAACACCAAGAAUAUUGGCGAUGAGCUGCAACCACGCUGGGCUGCAGAGAAUACCUUCAUUGACAAUUCCGCAAGUCCGUCGACAUCAUUCGACCUUGCUGCAUCACCCAUGACCUACGGAAGUCAAUACACAUCCAUCAUGUCAACUGAUGGCAGCUCCGGGCCCACGAUGGUCACCCUAGUUGUCGAACCUCCUCCUGCACCCCCCUCAAAUAGAGCCAACAAGACUGUCAAGUCUGUCUUCCCCACCCUCUGGCAAGUUCAAUUUUCCCCAUGGGGCGAUUCAUUUGAUGGAGCUUACAGGGACGCAAAUGGGAACAUUUACGCCGUGUCUGGAACUGUAAAGCUAGAUGAUGAUGUGUCUCUCGUCACUAUGCUAUCUGCUGCAUCAAAAGACAUUCCCCUCGAGAACGUCAACCCUGGCGCAGAAGAGGUGUCUGAGCCUAUCUCAACUCCUUCGAGAAUGGGAGAAACCAUAACAGCCAAUGGAAAAGCUUCAAAAGACACCUGCGUGGAUGAUGCUGAGGUGGUAACUCUUGGGCAAACUCUCAAGAAGUCGACGGUUACAGAUUUAGAUGGGGACGGUCCUCCCUUGCAAGUAUAUCAGCUCUUGACCUUGAAUCCCAUGGUUCCAGACAGCACCAGCUCUUCAGGCUGGCGUGACUCAGUUGCUGAGCUGGCAAUGCGCGACUUUCAUGAUCUCAUCAUAUAUUUCAUGGACCCGGAUCUGCGCACAACGUUCGUGCAGUCCACGACGCCGUCUCUCCCAGCAGACGUCUUGGCCGUUGCAAAUGAUGACGGUGCAUCUGGCACGGGAGAGAAUAAGACAUUCUACCAAAAGUUGCAGGUGCCAUAUAUCGUUUCAAUGCUGGCAUCCAGCAGAACAGAAAAGGGACAGUACUGCAAUGGGAGACGAGCUGACGCCCAGCUGAGAAGCAUUCCCACGGAUGAUCCAGUUUACAAAAGGCACUCCGCUAAACUCUACCGUGCCCACUACAGACAGAAAUUCUCGAUUAUUAACGAUUUCCUGCGAGAUCAAAAUAGCACUGAUUAUUCGGACAAAAUGAACGCCUUUGCGGCUAAGAUGAAGUCGAACAUUGCUGCCAAGAGUGCUGACUUAAAAGACCCAAGCAAUCCCAAUUACGAAGCUCAACUCGCGGCAACGCAGAAGGACAUCGACGGCCUGGUCGCAUGGGCGAAGGAGCGGUCACUUUACUGGGCGCUGCAGUUACUAUACUACGUGCAGAAUAGUGCGCUGCCAAAUUGGUACAGCCAAUAUACCUCGGGUGUGAACACAAAUAUGCUGAGCAUGAUGCAGAAGCAGCUCAAUGCAUUAUUUGGGUUGCUGGAGAACAACCAGGUUAAUACGGCACCAGGGGGGCGAAACUUCAUGGAAGCGUAUAACGACGAUAUGCGCCUUUUCCAGAUGGCAGCGAUUAUUCCCACGCUCAUAGACGCGAGCGGCAACUCUCAGGAAAUCGACAAUUUGAUUGCUCAGUGUCUGGACCAGUAUAUCCAACACUUUAAAGCUUCGCCAGAUGAGAAGCACAUAGAAGCCCUUGAAGCUGCGAAUGAGCUAUACAAGGACAGGGAGCUUCGUGCUAGAUUCUGGCUUCCCUUAGCUGAUCUGUCUCGUCUUGGUUCAGCAGCUAGUUCCUGGCAACAGACAAUGUCUUUGUGGGAGAACACAGUCAAGGAAGCCCAAUGGUUCAAGAAUUUGGCCUUUGGUGGAAAGCUUCUUACAGUCUUCCAGGCGGCAACGGCCGCUAUUUUCAUCUUGAUGCCCCUUAUUCCGGGCCAGUGGGAUCAACUGUCAGAAUCACAAAAGUGGUCGUGGGGGCUAUCGAUGGCCGGCCUCAGCGCUAUGCUUAUCGUCAAGAUUGCACAAGGCUUGAUUCGCUUUCGCGCUCUCUAUAGCGAUAUAUCCGGAUUUCUUCCUAGCUUGAAAUGCAUACUUGGAUUCGAGAGUGUCGUUGAUGCAAUCCCUGAUGCCGCAGAAAGGAUCCAAGGAAGUUGGGCCAAAUUCUUCACCCGAACAUCAAAGCAGACACUGGCUAUGCAAGAGCGUGAGGUUUGGUUCAAGGAGAUCAUGGCUGCAAAUGAACCUGCAGAGUUCAGCAAAGUAGAACGCAUGAUGGGCCGCAACAUGGGCGAGAUAAUCGGAACUGUCGCUGGUCUCGCUAUGGCCGCGGCUUCUAUCGUUAUGGCAGCCAUCGACCUUGGUGAUCAGAAGGAAGAGCUACUCAUCACAAUGGACAUCAUAAUGAUUACGUCUUCUGUCAUCCAGAUCCUUGCGGUAGUGGCAGGCUGGAUCACCGUGGCAGGGGCUGCGGCCGAGUCAGGCAUCAUGGCGACACUAGCGUCCUACUCUGCUGUGUCUCUGUGCGCCACAUGGGGAGGUCCAGUGUCUAUCGUCUUUGCCAUUAUUGGUAUCAUCAUCUUUAUCAUAUGGUUCUCGAACCAGGACCAUCGCGACCCGACUCAGAAGUUCCUCGACGAACAGGCAGAACAAGCUGGCCUCCGUAUGCGAGGCGAUAAGCAAGCACCGGAGUACUUUGGAGUGGUGCCUGCCGCUGAGAACAAUCCAUCACUAGUUGGGCUUGGCAUCCGUGGCCCACUGGUAUCUGUCAAACCGUACCUAGAUGACAAUCAACAAGAGCAUCUACUGAAGGUUACAGAAGCGCAGCAGCAAUACAUAAAGCUUGACACCGACAACAAGGUACCCAUUGUGGUUGAAAAGAUUGACUUUUCGAUGAACACUGUUUGGAGCUUGGAAACUGGCCCAGAUGGUAAGAGCUUCAUCUAUACCGCUGCCUUCACCCAGAAUACAGACGACUCAAGUAGGCCAGUCGGCACCACACGUAAACUUUGGUACUUGGGUACGUCGGAUGACAAUACGCAGGUUGUUUACCGCGAGCUGCCGUCCAUUGAUCAGCCACAAAAGCGACAGGCGGUGCUUCCUCACAUACUGUGGGUUAUCGAUGUGCUCACGAAACCAGACCAGGAUGAGCCAGACACCAAAGACAGUAACGGCGUCGUGACAAAACCUGGUAAAGUUGUCAGUGCCGUUGUUGGUAUAUCACAGGGAGGUGCCAAGUUGGGCCGCUGGGUGAACCGUGAAACCCUUCAGAUUGAUUCUGGGCUCGCGGUGGCCCAAGAUGCGGACGCCAACAAGGGUCACGAGUACUAUCCAGAUAAGAUGCUGUGCGCAACUUGGACCAUGACAAUGUAUCCCAUCGGACCGUCUGAUUUUAAAUACCAGAAACAGAAAUGGACUAUAUAUGAUACGGACACGGAUACUCGCAAUAUGCCACGCUUCCAGCAACCGGGAACCUUCAGUGGUGGCUUGAAGUGGACUAUUGAUCCUGCAUUGCCGACUGGUGUCUUUGAACUUGUCCAGGCCGCUGGUCAAGAUGAGGGUAUUAUCCGGCAAGUUGAAGGCAAGAGAGCGCCAUUAAUGCAGUGUACAACAUAUCAAGUCUCAUGCUCGCUUAAUUAUAAGGGUGUGGCCAGUGGAACACGUAUAACACAGGUAGAAAUUCAGGUUAUACCAGGUAGGAUCUAAGUAUAUUUAAAAUUA